AAUUUGUUUAUGAUAUGGUGCUAUACUUUCGAGACAACUUAUCAAUUUAAGAUGCCUACAACGCACAAUUCAGCAAGUACAUCUGAAAGAAAGAUUUAUUUGGCUUGGUUUCUGCUAUUCAACAUUCUAGUGCUCCUUGCACUGUCAGUGUCUCUGCCAGUAAUAGACGGCGGCCCAGCCUGUAAAGCUAUUGCCACUUGUGAUCCAUUUCUGCCCGUCUGUGCGACAUCAACAAAUGAGCACCAAUUUUUCUACAGCCACUGUGAAAUGUUGCGGGAUACCUGUCUUACUGGGAAGACUUGGAUAGCGGAUUUCUUCAGCCACUGCAAUAUCAGUAAGAUUUAGCCUGUUAAAAUAAGUUCGACAAUGGACAGCAGGUGGCUUAUAAAACUAGCG